AGAACCACUUCCUUUUCCUUACUGUUCUAGUCUUUAUGACUGGUCUAUACGGAAGAACAAAUAUCAAUGGAAUGGACGAUUGUUUUACUGAAGAAUCAUCAGUUAUAUGUGAUCACAGUCUACCAUAUGUUCUUCCUGAUAAUAUGACAAAAGUGAUUGUUAAAGACUUUUUGCAUACCAUGAUAAAAAAUGAAACAUUUACGGAUAUAAGCUGGAUGUCAAUAGAUUUUUUGGAUAUAACAGUACAUCACUAUGUGCAUUUAAGUCUUUAUGAUUACAACAUUUUUUCUCUCACUUCUUUAAAGACACUCGGAAUACAUUCCCCUGAUCUAACAUUUAACGAUGAGCAAAGUCAGAGAAACAUUCUGUACGGAUUGACAAACUUGCAAUCAUUAAAUCUAUCUUCAUGUUAUUAUCUCAAUGCAAGAGGUCUUUUGACAAUGUUGGAGACACAUAACCGCUUAGACGCAUUAAUUCUUGACAAGUUUGCCACUACCGGUGCUAGUAAUUUAAUUGUAGAUAAUGCAUUUGUUAAAAUAAUUAGUAAAUUGGAGAUAAGGAAGUUAAGUUUAAGUGGAUGUAACUUACUAAUAAAGGGUCCAUUUUAUCCAGAAAAUCGUUCAUAUUAUCUACGUGAUUUAGAUAUUUCGAAUAUCACGUUGUUAGUUAGCAGUGGCAAAUCACUAGGAGUACUAUUUCAAGAUGUACUGUCCAAUUUGAAAAGUUUGGAUGUAUCACUUAUUCAAACAAGAUUUAUUGAUCUAGAUUAUAGUUUUCUGUCUAACAAAACAGUUAACUUAGAAUGUAAUAAAACUAGCGAUCACUAUAUUCUCAGUCUGCUUUACAAACUUGAAAAUUUGAAAUUAAAUGGAAUAUUUGCUAGAAGUAUGGAGAUAAACAAUUCCUUUGUUAACUCAUCAAAGUGUAAUUUCAAUCUAAAAUCACUACAAUUAAGAUCUAAUAAGUUAUAUAUUUUUAAUUCAACUAUACUGUGGCCAAGCAAAAUGAAUUUAUAUGAACUUGAUUUAUCUUUGAACGAUCUGAAAUAUUUAUCCCCUUUUGCCUUUGGCUCUAUCUUGUCGUUACAAAUAUUCCACCUUGCUCACAAUAAACUGUAUCUGAUGACAUCUUUUGUAGAAUUUCGGUACCUGUUCUUUACAUUCAAACAUUUAUUACACCUGGAUCUUUCACAUAAUCAGUUAAGCUGGUUACCUUCCACAAUGUUUUCUAAUAAUAUCAACUUGACAGAACUAGAUUUAUCUCACAAUGAGUUCGCUUCAAUAAGUUUUGAAAUACGACAUCUAAUCAACUUACGUUUUCUCAACAUGGAAAGCAAUAAGAUACUCUAUAUUGAUGGUUCCGACUUGCGCAAUCUAGUUUUCCUGACACAUAAUAUGCCAAAUUCUGUUGAAAUCAGUUUUUCUGAUAAUCUAUUGCUUUGCAAUUGCAAGUCAGAACCGUUUAUUACAUGGUUAACAAACAGAAAACGAAAGUAUACCUGUACCUUAGAUGGCAAUGAUAUUGUAAUUGAUGAUGAAGCAAUUGACGAAACAAGGUUCCGGUGUAUACGUUCACGAAUCGUGAAAGUUUCAGUCUCAACAGGUAUAGCAAUUUUCUGUAUCACCUGUCUAGCUAUUACGUUCACUGUAUACAGGAAACGAAAACGAAAAAUGGUAAGAAGAAGGGCAAAUUUUCUAGAAGAUUUUAAAAAUGGAUUACUAGAACAGAAGUUUUUAUGCUUCUUGUCGUUCUCAAGUAAAGACGAAGGACCUCAAAUCAGUCAAAUUUAUGAACAUCUAAGUGAAUCGUUAAAAGCAUUGACGGGAAUAGAGCAGGAAGUGAUAUGUUUCGGUGAUAGACAUGUACAUCUGGGAUUUCCAAUCGUUGAUGAAAUAUUACGAUGUAUAUCAGAGAGUUGUGUAGCAGUUUUUAUGAUUUCAAACAGAUUCUGUGAAAGCCAUUGGUGUCAAAUGGAAGUUAGAGAAGCCUACGCGCUUAACCGACCUAUUAUACUUAUUUGUAAAGAGAACAUUGACUUAACAUUGAUGCCACCUUUUAUGUUAGGACUUUUCAGUCAGUUUACGCGAGCCAAGCUCAUUACAAAAGAUGACGGUCAAUUUGAAAUUAUACCAGACUUCCAACAACUGUCAAAUUCCAUCCUGAAACAUGCGACGAGGCGGUAUGAAGAAGAUAUUAACUGAUGUAAACACACACAGUAAUCUCUGUUAAUUAGAUAGUUACUUGAAUUCCAUUUUUCUAGAUUAUUCUAACUUAUAUCAUAGUUAAGAAGAAACAGUUUUAUGUUAUAGCAAUUUCUAUUAUGAUAUGAAUUGGUUAUUAGCAUCGUGUCGAGAAAUAUGCAAUAGUUCUGCUGCUGGAUAUUGCGAGCAGUAAAAUGCGAAAUAUUUUUUGCUAUUAAAGAACGCGAGUACAAUUAAAAUGUCUAAAAACUGCAUAUUAUUGAUUGUAAUUUGGUCGCUGUAGAGUCAAAUCCUCGUAACAGGGAUUUUAAUAUUUUCAGAAGAGGUGUGUUUCUGUUUACUUUGAUCAUAAGUGAUAUCAGUAAGUAAGGUAUAGUAAACAUGUCAACAAAACAUUGAAUAAUAAACAUCAUUAAUAGGUACAACAAGAACAUAAUAUUGAUAAGUUAAUAAGAUACUUAUAUCGUUUCACGAUAAUUAAUUAUUACAAUAAGAACACUUUAAAGAUCACAACGAGACGUUUUGAGUUUUAUUACUGAAUUACUGAAUGCUGGCGAAAUUCGAGUUAUGGGCUUUGACUCUGCAGGGACGAUUAUGUUGCUUACAAAGUAAUUGUUGUGUGUAUUUGUAAAAAUAAUUUUCAGAACGAUCACAAUACCUUUGGCUCAGGUGAGCUCAUAAGUAACCACCUCCAUGUGGGAACAUUUUGUAAAAAAUAAUAAAGUUGUUUAAAUACUGGCAUAAUAAUUGUUUUGUAUCAGAUUUUAUUAAUGAAACUGUAAUAUAUAUCUUCUACUGAUUUGCUUCCGACUUAAAUGUUAAAUACCCAUUUGCAGUUAAAGAUGUGUAGUAUGAUCUGAGUUAUCUAUAAUUCUAACACGACCAGCAAAUAACCUACAUAUAUGUAGAGAAAAAUCUGUCUUGGGUUAUUCUGCAAUAACCCACGCGCGUGGAAUGACGUCAUCUGAUCCAGGUGCGUAGCACGGUCGUAAAAGUAGUUAUCAUUUUUUGCUAAUGCUGUUGAUAAUAGCAUGUCGUGUUAGAAUCGAAAUGAUAAGUUCUAAAGUGAAAUGUAUCGUAGAAUAACCCGAGAUUUUCGUUCUUAUGCGAGACAAUAUGGCCUUCGUGAUAUAUUCUUACGCAUAAGAACUGAAAACACGAAUUAUUCUACGAUAAACCACAUUUGGGAAUUUAUUAUUUCAUUAACAUAAAGAAAUGAAGCAGAAUGUCAGAAAAAGCAGUUAAUUGCGUCAUUGAUGCAGUUAGUAAUUUAUAUACAAUGGACGGAAUUAGCUUUACCUUAUACCAUACAUGUAGUAGCAUAUAUCUACUUAAAUAAUGCUUAAUUAGGAGUAAUCUUGUAAUAUUUCAUAGCCGUUGCUAUCUGUUGUAACAGAAAAUGAUUUAAAUAAUGUUGAUUUAGACGUUUCGCAUUGUUCAAAACCAUUACUUAGUAACAAGACUUAUAGUACAAAAUAUCCAUCUUUAAAAGACCUUUGUACCAUUUGUUAUCUUUAAUUUGUGAAAUUAGCAGAGGAGUACGACAUCCACCUCAUUUUUUGUAAGCGACGUUCAUUUAUCAAAGUGUAUCGUAUGUUUAGAAUAUUAAAUGGAAUUACAUUUGACAAAGAUCACAUAUUAUCAUUUACAUCAUCAAAAGCAAAGUCAAGUUCAAGAGCGAAAUUUGAAAUUUUUCCUAUUUGAUCAGAUUUACAACACUGCUACAUUAUUCCUGCACCGCCCGAUUAGUUCAGUAGGUAGAGCGGGGUCGUGUGUAUGUUCUCCGUGACUUUUUGAUAAACGACAUCGUGUCUGAAAUCAUUAGUCCUCCACCUCUGAUUCAUGUCGGGAAGUUGGCGGAGAACAGGUUUGUACUGGAACAGAUUCCAGGAACACUGGUUAGGUUAACCGUUACAUGACUGAAAUACUGUUGAAAAACGGCGUUAAACCCAAAACAAACGAACAAACAAAAGCAACAUUAUUCCGUU